GUGUCACGUGGCUGCAACAAGAUCCCAUUGCACCGAAGAAUAAACACAAAGAAACACACAAAGAAAAUGACGGCUGUAGCCCUUCCCGAAAGUCACAAGGCCGUGAGGAAGUUUGCUCAUUUCUAAGCAGAGCUUAGGAAAAAUCUGAGAUACUUUUCAUAUUUAUUGAAUAUUUGGAAAGUUCAAUAUUGGAGUACAGUUAUCUGAAGGUAUCAGAAGUGUGGCAAGACUGUUUGGGAUGACAGAGGAAUAAGAGAUAGGAUGGACAUAAUCCUUACAAUCAUCUAUACAUUUUAUAAAGUAUACAGCUUGAAUACAAACCACGCCUCUCUCAUUCCUCACAUUAGUAUGAAUUAAAGAAUUCUCUCCGUGUGGUAACCUCUACUCCUGAAUUUACGGUAACGAUGGGCUCGUAUUUAUGGUACACCCGGAAGUAAACAAACCUCGAUUAUUUAUUGAAAUAUUACAAUUCAUAUAUAUGGUGUGACUUGACUUAUGGACGGGUGACCGUCGUUGGCGUCCUUUUGAUGAUCAAUUGGCAUUAUUGGCAUCGCAGCAUAGCCGGGAUUAUUUUAAAGUAAAACAUGGCGAUGGAGAACUACGGGAAUUUUCACACUCAGUUGGUUUCCAUUGUGGAGGUCUUGGCUAAUACGGCCGUUCUUGAGAUCUGCAAGCUGGUGGACGAUGGUUAUACCCACCUGAGGCUGGAGGUGUCCCGGACCCAGAGAGAGAACCUGGAACUGAAGAGCAAACUGCGGCUGAUGGAAGUUGGAGCACCCGUCCCGCCGUUGGGGAGCUGCCCCGAGAAAGGUCACAGUGCUGACUCUCUCCUUGGAGGUCAGGAUGGAGAAACGGACUUGCUUGAGGAGAAGCCUGUGGUGGUGAUCAAGGCAGAGCAGCUGGAAGAGGAGCUAACAGGGUGCAUCAUGGGAGAACGCCAUCGGGAGCUCCCUGCUAGCGGCAUGCUGGUUGAGUGCACCUCUCUCGCCCCUGAGAGCGCCGGGGCUGGCGGCGAUGGGGGGUGCCACGCCCAGCCGGGGGCGGAGUUCCUCACCUCUGACCCAGGGAGCUCCCAUGCGUCACGGUCUGAGUGGGCGUCAUCCUCGCCGUGCGCCGACGAAGACGCGGCCGGCGCGGCGACGCCCUCGGAGGAGGACGGCCCCUCCCUGGACUCGUUCCACGACCUGUUCUCCUCCCCCGACGUAGCGCAGGCCCUGAGCGCCCCCGGCCUCUGGGCGGGCGGUGCGGAGGAGCGCCUGGCCUCCGCCUUCUCCUUCCGGACCUCCUCCUCCGUCACCACGGCGAGGGACCCUCAGACCGCCGAGUCGGACGGGCGGGGACAUCGGGACGCCCCGCCGUGCGCCCGGGGUCAGUUCUCCGGCGGGCCGGUGGCCCCGCCGCGGCCCCACCCGGGGCACCUCCGCCAACCCUUCCUCCACCUGCAGCAGCUCCACGCCCAGAGGCUCCACCCUCCGGCCGCGGAGCAGCCGUUCCGCUGCGGCGUGUGCGGGAAACACUUCUCCCAGUCCAGCCACAUCAAGCGCCACAUGAGCGUCCACACGGGCGAGCGGCCGUUCGGCUGCAGCGUGUGCGGGAAGCGCUUCUCGCAGGCGUGCAGCCUGAAGGUGCACCAGGCCGUGCACACCGGCGAGCGGCCCUACGGCUGCUCGCAGUGCGGGAAGCGCUUCUCCCUCCUGGGGAACAUGGUGCGGCACCAGGCCCUGCACGUCAGGAAGGAGCCGCAUGGCACCGUAUUGCUGCUCAUUUGCGUGCGGCUGGUCUGCGGGUCAGAGGAGAUGGCGAUGAUGGCGGAUUGUGUUGGCUUUCAAGCGCAGAUCGCUUCCAUCAUAGAGAUGCUGGCCAACUCUGCCGUGGUGGAGAUCUGCAAACUGGUGGACGACGGAUACGCAGCCCUGCGCUCCCAGAUGGACAGGGAGCGAGAGAAGAGCGAGAAGGAAAACGACGCGCUGCGACGGAAACUACGGGACAUGGACGUCAAGAUGCGAACCUACGAGCGGAAGAUGAGGAGACGGAUCCAGCGAGCUGAUGAUCUGCACAACGUCCAGUAUCGGCCCCCCGAAGAACCAGAAGAUCAAAUAACCUGUGAUGUGCCCAUGGUCACAGGUCACAUGGCCAUGGAAGACACACCUCACGACCUGUCACAGGAGGAGGGCGUGCUGGAGCCCCUGGUGAAGGAGGAAGCCGCUGAGAAGUCAGACUGUAACCUGGACCUCAAGGUGGAGUUGAACAUCCGCUCGGAGCGCGGUCUCUCCACAGUGCUGCCGACGGCCGAGGACCCCGGCCCCUCGGAGCCCCCGGCAGGCUGCUCCGCCGGCCUGGGGGGCCCCGCCGGCGCCACCAUGGACCUGACCUGCAGGGCCCGGCGGAAGGCCCCCAGGGGCCCCGCCGGCGCCGCGGCGAGCGACGGAGAGGUUGACCUGGACGGGGGCGGAGCCUCUGACGUGGCCAUGAAGCCGGAGGCGGCGGCGGCCGGACUGGAGGCGGAGUCCGACCAGCUGGCGGCGGUGGCGGCCCCGCCCAGCCCUGAGCGCCUCAGCCUGGGCCUGGACCUGGCCUGGAUGCAGGAGCGCGUCAGCCACCUGGGGGCCGCGUUUGCGGUGGCUCAGCUGGGCCUGGGGAACCCCGAGGGCGGCCACCCGGCGGCGUCCUUCGCGGGCCAGGGCGGGGGGGCGGACUGUCUCGACGGCCCCCCCACCAUGGUCUUCCCCGGCGCGGCCGCCGCGGCGCACGACAUGGCCGCCUUCGCCGCCUCCUUCGACCUAGCCGCCGCCGGAGCCGCCGCCGGGGGCCCUCCCGCCACCGCCGCCGCCGCCGCCCCUCCCUCGGCCAUCGGUGCCCUGGGCGGCGUGGCCAAAGAACCCAUGGUGUGCGGGGUGUGCGGCCGCGUGUUCCCCAGCGCGCCGGCGCUCGAGCUGCACCGGCGCGUGCACGCCGGCGAGCGGCCGUUCAGCUGCCCCCACUGCGGGAAGGGCUUCGCUCAGCCCAACAACCUGCGGGUCCACCUGCUCAUCCACUCGGGGGAGCGCCGCUACAGCUGCUCGCUGUGCGGGAAGAGCUUCAUCUCCUCCAGCCACCUGAAGCGCCACCGCACCGUGCACACGCAGGAGAAGCCCUACAGCUGCGCACGCUGCGGACAGUCCUUCAGCCAGAUGUGUAGCGUCCGUCGCCACCGGCAACAGUCCCAGUGUGGCCUCGGUCGGGAUGACUUGAGAGGUCCCAUAUUAGACCACCAGGUGUUGCCGGCCUCCGAGAAGCGCUUGCCGCAGGUGGAGCAGCUGAAGGGCUUCUCCCCCGUGUGGACCCGUUGGUGGGCCUCCAGGUUGGACAGCCCGGAGAAGGCCUUCCCACAGGCCCGGCACACAGGCAUCGAGCCGCAGUCCCUGCCGCUGCCACCGGGUGGCGCCCGCUCUGCUUACCGUGUCCUGCUGGAGGUCGCAGGGAUAGCGACCUUGGAUCCAGUUUGCCAUCUGGAGUGUGAUUCAGUUGAUAUUUUACCAGAGGCUGCCGAAGAGGAUCUGAAGCGGUCGUUGGAGCCGACGUGCACCCUGGUUCGGCCGAUACUGGCGGUGCUGUCCCGCAGCCUCCGCUCGGCGAAGCCGCGGGCCAUCUUGAGCUCCAUCAGAGGUAGCAGUCCGAGAAGAACCAUGGCUAGCCGCCUAGCCUUCCAGACCCAGCUCGCCUCCAUCAUGGAGGUGCUGGCUAACGCCGCGGUGGCGGAGAUCUGUAAACUGGUGGACGACGACUACGCGGUGGUGAGCCUGCAAAUGUCUCAGUGCCAGAGAGAGAACAAGGCGCUGAAGAGGAAGCUCAACCUGAUGGAGCUCAAGAUGGCCCGCGGCUUCGCCGAGCGGAGGCUGCGGGACAGCGCCGCCAGUAUCGGCCGAACCAGGGUGCACGUCGGCUCCAACGACCGCUUCAGAUCCUCUUCGGCAGCCUCUGGUGUGGUGUUUGAGGGGCAGAUGGACAUGGUUCCUUGGCCAGGCGGAGUGGUGCCAGGAGCGGUGCCAGGAGCGGCCAGCCGAGAGACCACGACCUGCGACCUCCAGCAGGAUAUGUCUGCGGACGUAGAGCUAGUUGAAGCAGAAUUGGUGAAGCAGGAGAAGAUGGAGGAGGCAGAAGAGGACGUGGAGGAGGAGGUUCAGCUCAUCAGAGCAGAUGGUCAGAUGGAGAGAGGACCUGGGGGAGGCCGGGUCCAGCGGAGCAGCCGCCCUCAGCAGGAGGUCCAGGCCGCCUAUCGCCACAAUGAGUGUCCGGACCCCGCCCCAUCGGCCAGCACCAGAGGAGUGGAGGUCAGUGGCUCCUCUCCUCUCCUUAAAGCCCAGCUCAGGGCCCACGGCCCCCGCGCCCCGCUGCACCCCCCCACUCCUCUAGACCCCCUCCUGGCCUCUAGUCAAGUGACAAACGGCGACGCGCUAACGGGACAGUUUUGUGGCGAAGUCCCGGAAGACCCCGCAACCACCGCGGUGAGCCGGCCGUCGUGUUCGUACUCUGCGGCGAGCGCCUUCCCCUCGACGUGCGGCGGCAACGGCUGGAGCGGCGGGCCUUCGGCCGAGGGUUCGGAUCCCGUCCCUCCCCGGCCCUCGGGCCCCGCGGAGAAGGCCCUUCGCCCGGAGAGGCUGUUUGUCUGCACCUUCUGCUGGAAGGCCUUCAACAGGCCCAAGAAGCUAGAGAUCCACCAGCGCAUCCACACGGGCGAGAAGCCCUUCAGCUGCCCCACGUGUGGCAAGAUGUUCUCCGAGGCGGGCAACCUGAAGAAGCACCAGCGGGUGCACAGCGGGGACACGUACAGCUGCUACCUGUGUGGCAAAGGCUUCGCCUGGAUACGCAACCUGAAGGCCCACCAGAGGAAGAGCCACCCGGAGAUCCUUGUGGACCAGGAGAGGAGGUCUUCAGAGGUUUCCAUGCCAGUCGUGGUUUCCCUGGGGGGCGAGACACAGUGCCGUGUCCACAAAAUGUCAGCCAUGUCCAACGGUGACCAUUCAAGCCAUAGCAUCAGACUCUGGAAUGAGGAGGAGCCUGACGUGAAGCGAGUGAAGCAGGAGGCGGGGCUAGAGUCUCCAGACCACGCCCACCCCACACUCAUCAUACAAGAGGGAUUGGUGGAAUCCAGUACAGACGACUACAAAGCCAGCCUUUCAUUGGACGGCGUCAGCCAGCCGGCCCAGGAGCUCCAGGAAUGUGGGCAGGGCUUCUCAGAGACCCCUGCUGACCCCCAGGCCAAGCCUUCAGAAGAGCCCUGCACUACUAUCCCUGUCCAUGCGGGGGCCACAGACACCAACACGCAGUCCAAGGACUCCACCUCCCAGCAGCCCCGGCGGCCCGGCAGUGAGGCUGCGGCCUCAGAGGUCUCCGUGUUGGACCUGGAGGCUUUCUUCACCCGCUGGACCCCCGACUCAGGAGCCCCGCCCACUGCUCCUCCCUCCUUCAGCACAGAAGAGCUGCUGGAGGAAGAGGAGGAGGAGGAGGAAGAGGUGGUCCUAGUAGGGGAAGACCACCAUCCCCCACGCAGGAGGAGAGGGUUCAGCCAGAGGAGCUCUAGAAUACACACCAAUCACAGCCCUUCUCCAGGUAAACGCACCAAUCACAGCCCUUCUCCAGGUAAACGCACCAAUCACAGCCCUUCUCCAGGUAUUCGCACCAAUCACAGCCCUUCUCCAGGCACCUCGCUGUCUGCAUCAUCACGGAUACAGGCCCCUCCCCCACAACUCACCUGGAGCAGGGCAGCGGCCAUGAUGAGAACCACGCAGACCCAGUCGCUGCAGCACGGGCGUCAUGGCAACAGGACCGCCCAUCGUGUUCUACAUUCCUCUCAGAACCCGCUUACCACCAACGCUGGACUUGUUAGCGAUGUCAGCCAUCGAGCUGGAACACUGAAUCGCCGUUUUGCCCAUUUCCCCAGCUUUCCCCCAGCCGGUCUACCAGCCAGAGGCACUGAAGGGAAGGGGCUGAGCAGCGAUGGUUCGGGACUAGAUGGUGUUAGCAUUGGGCUCGAUGGUGUUAGCCUUGGGCUAUCUAAUGUUAACAUGGGGCUGGGUGGUAUUAGCAUGGGGAUGGAUGGCAUUAGCGGGGGACUAGGUGGGGUUAGCUCGAGGCUAGGUGGUGGCAGUUUAGGACAAGGUGGUGUUAGCAUUGGGCUGGAUGGUGUAAACAUGGAGUUAGAUGGUGAUAGCACUGGGCAAGGCAUUGCUAACAUGGGGCUAGGUGGGGACAGCGGGGGGAUAGGGGAUGUUAGCGGGGGCCUCGACGGUAUUAGCUCCAGGCUAGGCGGGGGAAGCCGCAGGAGGAACUACGUGUGCCGGGCCUGUGGGAAGGCCUUCUCCGGGCUGUCCAACCUGGAGGCCCACCAACGGGUCCACACGGGGGAGAAGCCCUUCAGCUGCUCCACCUGCGGCAAGCGCUUCUCGGAGGCCGGCAACCUGAAGAAGCACCAGCGGGUCCACACCGGGGACAAGCCCUACAGCUGCCCCCGCUGUGGGAAGCGCUUCGCCUGGGUCUGCAAUCUGAGGACCCACCAGCAGACCGGAGCCGGCUGUGGUUCGGGUCCGGGCGGGGAGAAUCUGGAUCAGCUGGGACAGUGACACCCAGAGGCCUAAAGACUCAAAUAUAACCUCAGGGACAAAGACAUUAAGCUAUUAUAUUAUUAUUUAACACAUUCAAAUUGUAUUUCUUUUCAAAGUAGAAGGCACUCUGUCCAGACUUACUACACAAACAAGUUAAAGAGAACAGUCAAUCUCUGCUAUUUUGUAUUAUAAGAGGUUACUGCUUCAUAGGUCCAUUCCCGAUCCGGAACGCCAACUCUGUAUCUGCCAUUGGAUUUUCCACACAACACGUGUUGCAGUGCUGUCUCUUAUAUUAGAAAAUAGCCCAGGGAGCCUGUUCCCAUGGAGCCUCUAAUGUCGCGUUUCCUCUGCAGGGUGCGGUACGGUCCGGUUCGCCUCAGUCCGGUAGGGAGGGGGCGGUAUAGCCCAGCUCAGUUCCGAGGUCGCGAUUCCACCGCCGACAGUACCCUUUAUGGUAGGCCGGAUGUCGAUCGCCGCGGCAGCUACGUAAACAUCGUGACAUCAUAGCUGCGCGACACCUGCUCAAUAAAAAAAAUGGAAAAGUUGAACGCGACACAUUAAACCAAGAGCUACCGUGGAAGUCAUCCAGGAACAGUUCCUUUAUGCUUUUCAUAUGCCUUCAUAUGCCAAGCGUUUUACGCGACAUGUUCAUUGUAAAGAAUAAUACCUCAAGGCUACUGUUUGUUUGUUUUUAUCCCCUCGUCGCCCGGAAGUGACGAUUCUGCCGACCAAUCAACGGAGGGGGUGUGUAGCUCGAAUUUUCCGGCACCUUUUCAGGCGUCCCCCAACAAAGGAGUACUGAAGACGGGGACAAAACGAGUACGGCUCAGUUAUGGUCACGCCCACUUUUGCGGUGGAAACGCAACCCGUACCGCACCUUUGCAAACCGAACCAUACCGCACCCUGCAGUGGAAACGCGCCAAAAGGGUCAGCCAACACAUAAAUGUAGUCUACCCGUAUAUGUGACUUUACAGGAAACCUAACCUUUGAGCUAUUUAAAACAUUUUAAAUCCUUCUGGUGGUUAAUUUUAGGGGAGACUACUGGCAUCCUCCAUUUAAGGUUUCUGAUGACGCUCGUCCCUUGACUCAUCCACAUACACAACUCGAAUACAACUCGGCAAUAAAUAGAGGAAAAAACGAACAGAAUUUCCGUCUAUUUGACCUCACAAGUUAGGCCAUAUAUACCUUUGAUGAAUUCCAUAAAUUUAGACUUCGACAUUCAACCCUACGGAAGAGGAUUAUGGUCACGUGAUUUUAAUAUCAGAAUUCUGACCUGAAACAAAGAACAAAAAACAAAAUCACAUUGCCCUUAUCCUCUUCUGUCUACGGGACCCCCGGAACAAAACGUGCUAACAUCCGGCUUCUUAGGACAGCGUGCGGUUCCCGUGCUGUAAAUCGCAGAGCAACUCACUGAACUCUUCACUUGGUUCCUUCUCUAACCUGUGGAAUUAAAGUCUGACUCGUAUUUAAGAAUUCGGAUUUUGUUCACAGAAUUCUGUCUUUGUUCUCAGAUUUCGGACAUUAAUCUCAGAAUUCGGAUUUUCAUCUCAGAAUUUUGACCUUCAUCUCAGAAAUCUAAUUUAAAUCUCAGAAUUCAGAGUUAAAUCUCAUAUUUUGGGUUUAUGUCUCAGAAUUCUGACUCAAACCUCAUAAUACUGACUUUAACCUCAGAACAGAAAAAUAAUCACAUGUGGCCCUAAUGCUCUUAUGUCUAACCAAGUCUACCUAACAUUAAUCCUGAGUUGAUUGUUUUCAUUCUAAAAUAAAAAAAAGUAUAAAUCAAA